AUGGCAUUCUUCUUCGCUCACUUGCGUCCAAACAGCCACGAUAUUCUGAUUCUUAUGUGUUGCCCUCACCACCUUCAACGUAGGUUGGAAAAGAAGCUCGAGAAAAAAGAAGUAACAUUCUAUAGUGUAAGUUCCACGAAACGUAUGAAACCACAAGACAAAGUGUAUUUCCUGGUCUCAGGGGGAAUAUGUUCAUAUAAAGAGGACAUGCACCUUUUUCUCAGGUAAGUAUUUUAAAAGUAAAAAAUCUAUCUAAGGAUGAAGUGUGGAAACUAUAAUAUGUAGCUUUUUCCUGUAAUCCUGAUGCAUGGUUUCCAUAUACAAGUUUCAUAUAAUCUGUUUUGGUCUCGUCACUGCGACGAUCUUCUUGGACAGGAUCAGCGACCGUUCUGCGUCUCGUCGUAGGGACCUGAGAAAACAUUUGGCCUGGCGUCUGCAGCGUUCUUCGACACACGGUCUGAGUGAUCGGACACAUGUCAUGUCCAGUUAAAGAUGAGAUAAAUGCUUUGUGCUAUUUUCACAACAAAAUCAAGUGAAACAAAUAUGGCAUGUCUGUGAUCGCUAACUCCAGAUGGGAACAUUUGUUUGUGGUGAUCUCCUGGGAUACCAUCUGAUGCAGUUAACCUGCGACAGUUUCGCAGAAAACCCCAGACCGUUACAAAUUAUAUGGAAACAGGCUUUAGGAUUCCUUGAUGCGGGGUUUUAUCUAUAUAUGCACCCGAUUUUCAAAUCACUGAAAUUCUUCACACAAGUAAAUAGAACUGAUCUAAAGCGUUCAACAUAUUAUAGGAGAAGUGUAAACUGACUCCACUCAGUCCUUGUUAGACGUUAUCCUGGUCUCCUCGACCUCUUUAGUGCGUAGCGUAAUAAAUGCACCAAUCAGCGAUCAUUUACCAGUUUAUGCUGUCUUCAGCUGAAACCUAUUAAAGCUACCCCUUAGAUCAUCUCAGCGCCUAGCAACAAGAACUAUUCGCCAAACCUUUUUUAUGCUGGCCUUGCUAAUAACAAUUCGGGCCAACUACUAUUCAUUUUUUGUUGGCGAUGACGUCAACACCAAACUCAAUAUCUUCAACAUCGUUCUCCAAUCUACACUUGACUUACAUACUCUUUGUAUACCUAUCGCACUUAGUAAUAACACUUGUCGCACUUUGUAAUAAACUUGGAAUCGAUGGUCGGAGAACAAGUAAACCCAAUACUGUAAUAAGCAUAAGUAUGAUAAUGUUCAAAACUUUGCAGUGAAACCACUCGCCGCACUUGAGUUUUGAGCAUUCUAUGACGUCAUUUCUAUGGUCUAUAAGAGUGUAGACCAUGGAAAAUUGUGGUCGUUUAUUAAAUUUUCGCUUUGAGGGAAAAAUUAUAGAAUUGGAUUUUGCCAAUAAAUUGAACAUGACUUCAUAAUGACAUCAAAUUAUGUCAUUGUGUCAAUCAAGUUUUGCCUAGAUCAUUACCAUAAAUGGUUCUGUGUUAUUGUUGUGGCCUGGUUUUGUGAGUGGCCCUUAUAUAAAUAGUCAUCAUCAUAAAACAUUCUCCAUAAUAAUGACAAUAAACAAUUAUCAUUGUUAUUGUGAUUGUUAUUAUUAUUGUUAUUGUUGUUGUUGUCGAUUAUGAUUCUUGUUAUUGGGUUUACUUGUCCUCGACCAUCCAUUUCAAGUUUAUUACAAAGUGCGACAGCUUUUUUUAUUACAAAGUGUGAUAGGUAUAACAAAGUGCGACGAUAAUUACAAAGUGCGACAGAAUACACUCUACUGAAACUCUCGAUAUUCAUACUACGGAUGCCAUAUUGGAAGGAAUGAACAACAAGAAAGUUACUGUUCUGAUAUUGCUCGACCUCUCGAAUUCGUUUGACAGCAUCAACCAUCGCAGAUUACUUCAUAAAUUUUCACAGAUCGGCGCGCCACCUUUCACCUUGUCCGACCGCUCACCGUUCGUUCGCAUAAAUUCCACCCUUUCAGACCCUCUGCCAGUCUUCCAUGGUGUUCCACAAGGCUCAAUUCUUUCACCUUUACUUUUCUGCAUAUAUAUGAAUGACCUUCGCCUUUGCUUCUCAAACUACGUACGAUCUAUCGUUUUUCCUAUCAGAUUCCGACAGGAAGACUUGCAUCGAGUCCUAACUUGGUGCUGCGAAAAUCAUCAUCUUAUAAAUCCAGCCUAAACCAAGUUCUUCUUCUUGGUUGAAUCCAGGCAACUUUUAGGAAGACUACCCGAGAACUUGUCUGUGUCCUUUCUGGGAAAAUCUCUUGAACCUGCUACUUGAGCCAAAGACUUGGAUGUCAUCUUAGAACCCCACUUAACUCAUAUUAAUAUUCAUUCAAAAUAUUUCCUCGAUUCUGAUUGGCUAAAAGCACACGUUCAAUAAACCAUAACCAGUUGUUCAACACUGGGUUAAGAUAACCCAGGGUUAGUGCGAGAUUUGAAUUCAGAUUUGAAAGCUUAAAAAGCAUUUCAGUUUUAAUUCUCUUUCUCUACAAGUUGAUGAUUGAAAGCUCUAAAUAUAACAGAGAAAAUUAUCCAACAAAAUGCUUUUGAACACAAGAAAGAGAAACCUGGGUUAAGUUAACCCCUUGUUAAGUGCUAAUCGGUUUUCGAACAACUGGGCCCUGAUUGGUGCGUAUUGAAGACCGUGACAAGAUGAGCGCUGAAGUUUUAAGGCCGAUUAUUAUGCAGUGCGAAUUUUUUCGUAGUUCUAUCACACGCUUAAUUGCCGUUACAUCACAACUAAAACACGACACGUGUUGUCCAAAUAAUACCUCUGAUAUACCUUGUGCAAACACUUGGACUGUUAUCGAAAAAGAUUAUCGCGCACGACUCUUUAGUCGCUUCAGUGCCUGUUUAUGUCGUCACAUUCCAGCUAUUGCUAAAAAAAUAUUUAAGUCUGUUUUUUGAUUAAUUUAUAGAUACAUUACAUUUACUUUUACAUACAUCAUCUUGCAAUAUCUAACAGACAUUCGCAAGCUCCUAACUAAUAACUAAAGUACUACUACAAGGAAAAAUAAAAAUACAAUAAAUCGAAAGGGGUAAACAUCACACUGAAAAAAUGAAGUCAGAGACGGUGGCUUUAAAUUUUGCGGUUAAAUCCAUUGUUAAAUAAUCAGAUGUCAGGCUAUUCCAGUCAAUGAUAGUUCGCGGCCUGAAGCUGUAUUUGUGUGUGUCAAAGGAUGAAGUGAUGAAGUGGAAUAAAUUUCAGUGGAUGAGAUCCUCUGGUUUUUAGGGAAGACUGGUGAUGUACAUAACAGGGGAUAUCAAUAGCGGCCUGGUUGGUAACACAUUUGUACAUCAGUGUCAGUCUAGAUACUUGUCUUCUUUUUUCGAGGGUUGGCCGAUUUAUUUGCUUUAUGGCCUUGGUUACGCAUCCCUCCUCUUUCGUGUACGUUCUUGUUACGAAGCGUGUUGCCCUGCGCUGGACCUAUUCGAGCCAUGAUUUCUGAUAUGCUCUAUACGGAUCCCAUACAGUACAACCAUAUUCCAACAUUGGUCUCACUAGCGAUUUGCGGGCUUGAUCUUUAACCUUCUGUGAGCAAUAAUGCAAGUUCCUCUUGACAAAGCGAAGUGUCGAAUUGGCUUUGUUUGUAAUGUUCAGGAUAUGUGGCUUCCAGUUUAGAUCCUCUGACAGAGAAACUCCGAGGUAAGGAUAGUGGUCUACAGCCUGUAGGGUAUGGCCAAGCAUAGUGCAUGGGUGUAAAAAAGGAUACUUGGUUCUGCAAACGCGUAGAACGUAACACUUCAAUAGGUUGAAAGCCAUGCAUUUGCCACAACUUUGCCCAUUCAACUAAUUUGUCCAGAUCAGAUUGGAGACUGAUUCCAUCGUCGGAAUUGUGUACCAGACCAUACAACAGGAUGUCGUCAGCAAAUAACUUAAUAUUUGAGGUAAUAUCAUUACCUAGAUAGUUAACGAAUAUCAAGAAGCACAAGGGACCCAACACGGUUCCUUACGGGACUCCGGAUCUCACGCAAGACUUCUCACUGUACUCGCCUUAAAGGACCACCUGUUGAGUUUUUCCUGUUAGCCAUGCCUUUAUCCAGGCUAAGACUAAACCAGGAAUGCCAUAAUACUCUAAUUUAAGUAACAGACGUUUGUGUGCUAAAAGAUCAGUCUGGUUUCUAUCAUUUACUGACCAGGCUAGAUGCUCUACGGUAUUAAUAAGUUGCGUUUCGCAUGAGCGCCCAGGACGGAAACCAUGUUGGGCAUCCACCAGGAUGUCAAAAGAGUUUAAAUGUAUCAUAAUACCGCGAUAAAUAAUGUGUAUUUGUAAUUUUAAAGCUAAGCAAGUCAAGUGAACAAAGUUUUACCACGAAGCUGGGCCAAUUCUGCUUUUCCUGAAGGGCGUGUGAAAUUGAAUUUUACCCUUCGGGGCUUUGAGUAACAAAUUCUACUAAAUAUGAUACAAUUUUACUGAGGGGCUUUUAUGUUUUAAAUAGGUUUGAUGAAGAGUCGGAAAGCAAGCUGGAAUCACGCUGUCAUUACGUUAGCGCCGAUCGAGCAGAAAUAAAAUUUCUUAGCGAGCCUCCUGUCAAAAAUGGGACAUUAUUGGGCAAACUGUUUUUGGAGAAGUCUACCCCAGUAAGUCGUACUUGAUAUCAUAUCUUCUUUUAGUAGAUACUACAGUAUUAAAACAAAUGAUCAGGUCUCUUCCACUUUCAUACUGUUAUUGAUCCACUCUAACUGGCAAAUCCUCCUGGACAUAGCCAGAAGUUUUGAUUGAUGCCUUUAGUUCCUUAAUAGCGAACAUGAAAAGAUUAUUACACUCCUUUCAGUGUGCUAAUGCAAAUAGUUAUUGCUCAUUCCACUGCGCCAGGUUUGGUUUAGUUGGGCAGACCGCUUGACUGCAGAGCGGGAUGUCGCGGGCCGGACCAUUACUUAGCGUUUUAGAAUAACUGAGAAAUGAAGGUACUCCCUUUGCACUGCAAGCGGCUAGACCUUCGCGUGGCUCGGAUGACCACGUAAAAUGGCGGUCCCGUCUCCACAAGGUGACGUAAAAAUAGUGUCCUCAAUUAGUACUCUUAUGCUAAAUAUAUUGACACACAAAGCGUCUUUUUUGUAGUUUUUUUGUUAUAAUUCUGUGAUUUAUUAUAAAAGGAUUUUCAGCUUGUAAUAACUGAAAGAGAUCUAGGCGUCAUCUAAAAAUAAUUGUUUAAGACUUUGAAUGCCCCAUUCACAGCAAAGCCUUAAACGUCUUUAAAAGCAGUUUAGUUAAACGCAGUUGAAACGUUUUUAUCAUAAAAGCUGUUAACUAAUUUUUUCCAACUACAAAUUUAGCGCAAAUGAAAGCACAAGUCAGUAAAACUCAGUAGGCUAUAUAAUUUGAAUUUCGUUACACCUGGUUGAGCUAAAACAUUGUUCAUUGGUGUGAAUAAGAUAUAACACAACUUAAUUAUCAAUUCGUGAAAUUUGUGUUCUCAGGUCGUGAACAGUUAUACUGGAGGCACCGGUGGGUUUCUUCUUUGUUUCCACUCUCUUAUUUAAGUACUGUAGACAACGUUUUUAGUAACUCAAAACUGCAACAACCCAACACUACAAACAAAAUCUGUAGUUCAGUUUUUUUGUUUGUUGUAUGAAAAGGACUUUUUUGCUGAAGAAUAGCCACAAUUCUUAAAGAAGGGCACUUUUUGUUAAAUCAGUGACUCCACUUGACCCAUUUAAAAACAUGAUAAUUUUUUUCAUUGAAACCUGGAAAGAACAGGUUUAACAACAGUACAAACCUACAAAACUCUGUUUGAGUGGAAGUCUAUGUCUUCGUAAUGGAUGUGUCUUUGAAAACUACUGAGUCAGGAGCUAAAUACGUUUUUUUUUUUCACUUUAUGUUAAAACGUCGAAAUACCAUCAGGGAAGAAAAGGAAGAAGAAGAAAAGAAAAAAUCCCAAUGGAAAGAGGAUGUCUGAAGGUACGCAAAAGCCAUAGGCUCUAUUUUAACCCUAAAAUGAAUAGUUUCUUUUUUUGCCUUCUGUACUGUUUAAGUAACUGUAUCAUGGUCCACUUACGUACUGUAGGCAACGUUUUUAGUAACUCAGAACUGCGGCAACCCAACGCUGCAAACAAAAUCUAUAGUUCUGUUUUUGUUUGUUUGUUGUAUGAAAAGGACUUUUUUUGCUGAAAAAUACCCCACGAUUCUUAAAGAAAGGCACUUUUUGUUAAAUCAGUGACUCCACUUGACCCAUUUGAAUAGCAAUAAGAGCUCUUAGAAAACAAAAGAUCGAAUCCUUCAUUUUUAGAGGCUGUGUUGGGGGUUGUAAAGAACUGGAAUGCUUGCCUAGCCAAUUAACUCUGACUCUGUUCUUCUGCUUUUUAAUUAUUCUUCUGACCUCCCUCCUCUUUAGCUACAACAACUCAUCUACUAGCAAGCCCAGGCGUGUUUCGGUUAACUGACUGUGAGAACUUUCCACUGCAUAUCCUUUCGCUUAACUUGUGGAGAAAUGGAACAGUCUUCACUGCCGUAAUUAAAAAGUACCAAAAGGACCAAUCAAAUGCUAACCCGAGAAAACAGCCGACAUUUGGGGACGCUGCCGCUGGUUUCCCCACCAAAUGAAGUCUGAGAAACGAGCGCAGAAAUUCUAUACUGAUGACGCGUCACUACCCAGAUCUGUGUAGUGCUUCUGAUUGGUUGAAAUAAAUUUCCCACGCGGCACAAUAAAUCAGAAGCACUACCCAGAUCUGGGUAGUGACGCGUCAUCAGUAUGGAAUUUCUGCGCUCGUUUCUCAGACGUCAUUUGGCGGGGAAACCAGUGGUAGCAUCGCCAAAUGUCACUGUUUUCUCAGGCUAAUUAAAUGCUAGCGGUAAAACUGCUUGGAAGGACUACGUCAGCUAUAAUCCCCGAACAUGUCUACUUCAAAGAACUACAUUUUGAGUUCAGAACAAAUCCUUCAAACGAACGAUACUACUCAAAACCUCAGGAACUGGGCCGUUAUACACUGAAUUUCCUUGGACUAUGAACUGUUUUAUUAAGAAACUAGCACUUACUACAAAAUAAUCAUUCGGAAACCCAAUACGUAAGAAAUACCCAAUCUAAACGCCUAAACAAAUACCUACUGAGGCUAUUGUAUCUAGCGUUGAGGCCGUUCUGUCUCGCCAACACGAGCUAUCAGAAUCGACCAAGGAUAACAUCAGAAGUAGAGUGACCUCUACUCUGCAAUCAGCCUCAUUACCGAACAGUAACUUGACUCCUGACGAACAGAAAGCACUUAAACGACUGAAAACAGACGAGAACAUAGUCAUACUACCCGCAGACAAGGGACGGGUGACUGUUGUUAUGGACAAGACAGACUACAACGACAAAAUGGACUCGCUUGUUAACGACAAACAGACCUACGAAGUACUUAAACGAGACCCGACACCCGCACUGCAACGCAAACUUAACAACAAACUGCUUACACUGAAGAAAACCGACAAGAUCGACUUUCGACGCUACAACAGACUGAGGUGUAGUGUUCCGCAGCUACCCAAGCUGUAUGGACUACCAAAACUACACAAACCCAACAUACCUAAGCGGCCCAUAGUUUCUUUCUGUGGGUCCCCAACCUACCAACUGUCUAAAUACUUAACUAACGUACUGAAACCGCUGACUUUAUUGACGCCAUUAAGACAAUACAGAUACCGGACGACCACAAACUAGUGUCGUUUGACGUGAAAUCGAGGUUCACCAGUAUUCCACUUCAACUGGCUCUAGACUGUACUGAGAAAGCUAUUAAGAACUCUGCUGUUGAACUAUCACUACCUACAGACGACAUUAUGGACCUACUCAACCUCUGUUUGACUUCGACGUACUUUCAGCACAACGGCAAACACUACAAACAGUUACACGGUAAAGCUAUGGGCUCUCCAGUUUCUGUUGUUGUAGCAGAAAUUUUCAUGCAAAACAUCGAGGAACAAGCCCUAGCUACCUACACGCGAACUGUACCUCUUUGGUUACGUUACGUUGACGACACAUUCACCGCCGUACACAAAGACGGAAUCGACGAUUUUCACGAACACCUUAACAGACAGAACGCGGACAUACAGUUCACCAAGGAGAUCGAAGAAAAUGAUAAGAUACCUUUUCUAGACUGCUUGGUCACUCGCGACAACAACAAACUAAAAACGACUAUUUACAGAAAACCGACACAUACCGACCGAUUACUAGACCAGUCUUCGUACAACCCGACCUCUCACAAGGCUACUACAUCCGGACUCUGUCGAGACGAGCGCAACUAGUUUGCGACUCACCUGACAGCCUACAAGACGAGACUGAUUAUCUUAACAACGUUUUUAGUAAGAACAAUUACAACACGGACUUUGUUAGACGGAACACUCACAGUAACACUGAUUCCAACUCUCAGACCAACUCUGGCCCUGUUACGACAGCGACUAUACCGUACAUCAGAGGCACCUCUGAAACUAUUGCACGUAUAUUACAACCUUACAAUAUACGUGUUGCGCACAAACCGAUAACCACUUUACGGCGACUGCUUACUAAUGUCAAGGACAAAGACAAACCGGAGGACAGACAGGGAGCAGUAUACAAGAUCAAAUGCUGCGACUGCCAGGCUUCUUACAUUGGUGAAACCGGCAGAAACCUAAGCACGCGACUGACCGAACACAAACGCGCGACGAGGAAUGGUGACGUCAACAAUCACAUUGCUGAGCACCAUUUAAAGACGAAACAUCAAAUUGACUGGGACUCUGCGACAUGUAUAACGUAUUCUACAGACUACUAUCAACGUCUUACUUUGGAAAGCUGGUUUACUAACUUAGAACAAACGCCACUGAAUCGCAGCCAACAGUUACCAGCGUCGUACAAACGACUUAUUGACGAGAUCAAGCAAAACUAACUACGAGAGAACAACUGGACAACUGACAAUUUGACUAACAAUAGACGACUGUUUAACUGUGACAAUAGACGGAUCGAAACGCACCAAUCACUGAUUACGAGUCUUCAUAGCCAAUAACAUCACGGCUUAACUGACAAACGACCAAUAACAUCGCGACAUAAUUGACCAAUCAGAUCAAUAACCAGAGUAUAAUACCAUCAACUGACGUGAUACAACUCACUUUAACUCUAAAGAUGACUACCGCACAGGUUGUCGAAACGUCAGUCACUGUCAACAACAACAGUCCUAUUCAGGACUACGUUCACCCGGACGAUCAAACUCAACCUUUUGAAAUACCCAAUCGUCAGAAACAAAACUAAUAGCUGUAUUUAUCAAGCAGGUCAAUUUGACAAAUUGACUAGUAUAAGACUGAAUACUUAUAUUCUUUUUACUCUUUUUUUUUCAUAGUAGAGGCUUCACAAGAAAAUCAUAAAACACGUAAACGGAAAAAGCAAAAAGCACAGGAGCCUACUGAAGGUAUGCUAAUAGUCAGGACCUUCUAUUUUAAUCACGGGACGCACGUAAAGUUUAUUGUCCUGUUAAAGACCAGGGGCGUUCCUAGACAUUCUCUAGCUCUAAGCCGUUCACCAGAGUGUUGCUGAUAUACGCUUACCAAUUUACACCGGUUCAAGAGCCGGGUUUUACAGGCCGUAAAGUAACUUAAGUUGGAUCUUUAAGUUAGAAAAUGUUGUAUUUCCCUGCUUCUAUGUAAUAAUAUAUAGAUUUAGCCAGGGCUAAAAGCAAGCUCUCGUUAAUAUACUUUUGAUUUACUGAUACAGAAGAAUAAAAUCAUGUAAUGCUAAACGGCAACGUCAACAAGAAGGGCAAAAAAAUCAACUGGUCUAUAAAUUAGCCAAAAAAAAUAGCUCUGCUCAAGCAGCACACCUAGCUUUUUUGUACAUUUAUUUGACGUUUUAUACGAUUACAACGUGAAACUUCCUAGUUACACAUCUUACGUAGGAAAUGUCGUAUUUGAUCACAAAAAGGUUUAUUGCUUGUGUUCUCGUUCGCUUUUUUUGUCACUGCCACUCUUAUUCACCUUGCUGGCCGCUAGCAUUUCUCAUUUUCUCACCGCCACUUUUCAUGUUUUUCUUCCAACGAAAUUCGUUUUUUUUUUAACUAACGCUUUAGCUCUUUCUCUGUUAUCCACGUAAGUAAAGACAUAAACUGAAUUUAGUUGGAUUCGACUUUUUUGUUGUUUUCUCUUAAAAAGGGCGGGUGGCCAUGCGAUUUCCCGCCAAAAAACCUCGUGUUGCCUUUGGGUUGCCAUACCUGGUGAUUGAGUUAAUUUACAUUGCUAUGCUUGUGGUGUGGAUGGAGCGCGUAGGUCACGUGAUUACCAAAUUUUAUCCGAUGCAUUGAUAAUCAAGUAUCUAUUUAUAGCAACAAAAUUAGAAGUGUUGACAUCCUUAUGCAAGUUAUAAUUACGGUAUUUUGUUGACGUAGAGAUUGUAGUAAAGUUAUAUUAUGCCUUAAUUUAUCCCUUUUCUGACUUAUGGCAUUAUUAUCUGGCGCAGCAGAUACGAAUUAACUCUUAAACCAUUAACUGUACUCCAAAAGAAAGCUAUCCGUACUAUUACCUCUUCUAAAUUUGAUAGCCAUUCCAGUCUUUUGUUUAAAACUCUUCGGGUAAUUAAGUUCUGUGAUCUUGUCUCACUCCAUAUUGUAAUUUCCAUGUAUAAGCUUCAUAAUAGGCUCCUACCUGCUACAUUUCAUUCCUGCUUCACUAUAGUAACCUAUAUCCAAAACAAAUAUGCUAGACUUGCAGCAAAACAGUCUUACUAUCUUCUUUAUGCCCGAACAAACUAUGGUAGAUUUAACAUCCGUUUUUUUUAGGACCUUCAAUCUGAAAUUCCAUUCAUAAUGAAAAUAAAGCUAUCAUCCUUUUGUAUGAUCAAGAGAAAAAUAAAAGAUUUAUAUUUUGAAACAUACUAGAUUAGUGAAACUGUCUUGUACGAUCAUGAUACCACUGCUAAAUGCUCAUCAAUGAAUCUGUUUAUUUAUUUAUGGACAUUUUAAUUUCUUAAUACUGUACUUUUUAUGUAGUGUUAUAUACUGUAAAUACUUUAUAUUAAGAAUUUAUUCAUUUAACUUAUUUGUAUACUCAAUAUGCUUCUUGAUUUUGCUGUUUGUUUUUGUUUCGUUUUGUUUUUUGUUUUUUGUUUCUUAUAGCAUUAAUGUUUCUUUCAUAUCUCUUUUUUCGCCUUCUCCCGCCUCGAUUACAUAUUCUAUUUGCGGGGGAACAUUAAACAUUAAACUCUCUUGUAUUGUUGAUGUGUUCGGACUUCCUAAUAAUAAAGUUUGUUGUUGUUAACCAAAUUUUCUUACCCAUGGUGCUUUGCUGUGCGCGAGCUCCGCUAUGAUUAACGCAAAGACAAAGCUGUGUUAGAAUAGCAUUCUAAAAUGUAUGGCCGAAGGAAGAUUUCUGUACAUGUGUUCAGAAUUCAAAUGCCAAUCUACGGGUUCCCAAGUGCAGAAUCCCUGGACCACCGAAGUCGAUGCUCGUGUUCCUGUACGCAUGUAGAAGCGCAAGCCCAGAGAACCUUCUGCUCUCCUGUCAAACUACAGUGUAGGAGCGCGGCUGUCUUUAGGAGCUGCAUGUCAUCCGAGUGACACUCUCGGCAAACAUUUUUGGAAUAUGAAAACAUACAAAAAAGAUUAUGACUCUUUUCAAUUUAGCCGUUCGAAAAAAGGAAAGAAAAUUCACCUCAAAAUCUGUUAAGCCCGUGCUUAACUGGCUUACAGUCAGGUACGCCCCUUACAGUAACUGUACCUGGUAAAGAAAAAGGUCAAAAAAGAAAUAGAUGCUCUCUUAAGUGACUGAAACUUUUUUUUUUAUUAAGAGCACCCACGAAAAAGGAAGAAAACACAGUUGGAUAACGUACAGGGAAAUGCUGAAGGUACCCUAGUCAGUGUCUUAACGCAUAUAUUCUGUGGGUUGCUUUCAUACUUUAAUCAAUUUUUUUUCUUUGUUUAAUACACGUCAUCAACAUAGAGGAAAAAAGAAAAAUGCAGCAUACAAAGGAAAAAUUGAACUAGGGCAUACCCAUUAAUACCGUAGAAAAAGCGUGAUAAUUUUUUUCAUUGAAACCUGGAAAGAACAGGUUUAACAACAGUACAGACCUUUAUAACUCUGUUUGAUUAAAAGUCUAUGUAAUGGAUGUGUUUUCAACAGGUCUUUGAAAACUACUGAGUUAAACCUUGCAAUACGUUUGUUUGUUUGUUUGUUUGCUUUUUCACUUUAUAUUAAGACGUCGAAAUACCAUCAGGGAAGAAAAAGAAGAAGAAGAAGAAAAGAAAAAAUCACAAUGGAAAGAGCAUGUCCGAAGGUAAGCUAAAAGCCAUACUAGGUUCUAUUUUAACUCUAAAUUGAAUAGUUUUUUUUUUUUUGCGUUCUGUACUGUUAAGUAACUGUAUCAUGGCUCACUUAGGUAAAGCAACUUGAGUUGACGUGAGAAUUUUUGCUACCAUUUUCUUUGUUUCCUUUGCACUAUAUUCAUUACUGGACCCAAGCAGAUAAAUGAGUUCAGGAACAAAAAGAGAUCACGAGAGACCGAUUUUUCGAAACACCGAAAAACCUUGUAACAUGAAUAAAUGAAUAAAAUCGUCUUUAUGCCAGCAUUUGAAAAUCAAAUUACUACCAGUAGUAAUUGCAAAUUAGGGGAGUGUGUUCGAUGGGGAGGGGUGAUAAGUGCCGGGGUGUGGGAAGUGAGAGGUAGGGAGAGCCGGUAAUGGAGUGUAAAAUUUUAUUUGCUUGUAAGAUUGAUAGAUUAACUCAAGACUAGCUCGCUCCAGGCUCUCAGAUAGUAGGGAUGACACGUAAGUGAAAGGCACGCGAAAAUAUGAGCGCGUGACCUGUCCCCAGUUUACUCCCGUUUUAUUUUCGUUUUCGCGCUUUCUCAAUAGGCCAUUUCCGAGUUCCAAAAAAUCUCACUUUCAAAGCGAGGCUAAGUGCGAAGCCAUUGAUAUGAAAAUGAUUUUUAAUUAUGAUGCAAAUAAAACUCAUUUUCACAACAACGGUUUCGCACUUAACCUCGUUUUGAAAGUGAGAUUUUUUGGAACUCGGAAAUGGCCUAUUCGGGGACCAGACUAUCCCGGAGCCUGGAACAGGCUUCCUCAAAAUGAGUCUUUAAACAAUGUGAUCUCAGCAGCUGCCUUUAUUAUUGUUAUUGUUUAUCUUCCCACUUCACAAUUCAUUACUAUUUCGUUUUUUUUCACAAAAAUUCAACAACGUCCUGUAUGUUUUACAUUUACUGACUAAACCUCUGAGUAAGCAUCCUGGGAGACCCAGGGGCAGAUUGUGGGGGCGAGGGAAAGUCUAAACGGGCGGAAAAAUAAGGCACGAAGAAAAGUAAAGAACGGCGAGAAGAGCCCCUGGGGACAAUGUCUUACCAGACCAGUUCCAAACGGUCGCCGCCGUUCUGGCUUCUGAUUGUGGCCAGAAAAACACAAGUUUUCUGGCACCAAUCAGAAGCCAGGACAGCGGCGACCGUUUGGAACUGGUCUGGUAUGCGAAACCGUUGUUGUGAAAAUGAGUUUUAUUUGCAUCAUAAUUAAAAAUCAUUUUCAUAUCAAUGGCUUCGCACUUAGCCUCGCUUUGAAAGUGAGAUUUUUUGGAACUCGGAAAUGGCCUAUUGAGAAAGCGCGAAAACGAAAAUAAAACGGGAGUAAACUGGGGACAGGUCACGCGCUCAUAAUUUCGCGUGCCUUUCACUUACGUGCCAUCCUUACUAUCUGAGAGCCUGGAGCAGGCUAGUCUUGAGUUAAUCUAUCAAUCUUACAAGCAAAUCAAAUUUUACAAGUAACAGCAGGUCAAACACUGACUAUAUAUCAACUUCUUGUAUAUUUUUCAAAAAUGGUGACAAACAAAAGCGAGUACAACGCUGUAAAUAGCUUUUAAAAGGAAAAGAUGUGAUUUGUAAUAGAAAUAUGAUCCGUCGAUUUAAGCUGAUGUAGCUUUUAUGGCUAAAAACAAAUACAGAGAGCAGAACACAAUGUUAACAUUAUAUAUCUACAUAUCUGAUUACCUUAGAAUGUACCCUACGAGCAGUGGUUUCUCAAGGCCGGACGCUACGCUACGAAGAGAGAGAAACUCUCCCUUCGAAGCGUAGCGUCCAGCCCGGAGAAACCACUGCUCGUAGGGUACUUAGAAUGGAGGUUUCUCUAUAAAAAAAGAACUAGAAUAAAAAACUGUGAGAAAAACGAUAAACAGCAGUAAACACAAACUCGCCAAUGUUCCAUCUGUGGCAAGUCACAAAAUAGAUACUAGUUCCCUAGCGAGAGGAAAACUGAACUGAUCUAGGGCAAAUGCACCAGCCAGUCAGUCCAAGAUGGCGCCCAAAACCGUGAAAUCGCAUGGCGUCUAGAACGAUACUACUCGAAUAGUAAGCGUCCUCUUUCGUCGAAUGCAAUAAGUCCACUGCUUUACAGGCCUGCCAACCUCAGAAGUGGAAGUCUGUGACGUUAAAGUGGCAGUUCGUGAAAACUGAUACUCAUAAAAUUGAAUCCUUUAUUAUGUUUUCGUUUUUAUAGAGGAAACUCCAAGAGAAAGCAAAAAAAGAAAAAAUAGGACGUCACCGGAGAAGGAUGAAGGUACCUUAUAGCUUUAAAUGUCAGAGCCAACAAAUAUGACCAAUCCAUCCCGCACAACCUUAUGUCAGGUUUUUUUUUUUUUUUUUUGCAACAGCUCUUACGUACACGGGUAUUAAGCAACCUCCUAAGGUACCCGCCAUUUCCAAGGAGGCGGCAGGAAAGAAAAUGGUCUUUUAUUCUUCCGCCAUAAUGGGAAAGGAGAAGAUCCUGGGGAUGAGGCUGCCAUCCUUUUUUUAGGAGGGAUUCUGUGCCUAAAAGUUGCUUUUUAUCAUCUGAUAAGCGUAAAAUUGAAGGCUUAUAGUUUUUUCCUUUUUUAUUGUAGAACCUCCACCAGAUAAACAGGAAAGAAAAAAAGAUAAAAGGCAGAAGACCAAAGGUAUCCUCUCAAAGCAAGUAGUGGGUAACAAAUAGAUUUAGCCAAGGCCAAAAGCGAAGCUCUUGGUUGAAUCUUUUAAGAAAUUUAGUGGCCUAAGAUUUUUUGCUAUAAUCACGUGUUGUUUAUGACAAAUGAAUCAGGUUAAUCCUUAGAAACUCGUUUUGAAAACAAGUGGUAUGGAAAGGGAGAUGUUGAUAUUGAUGUUGUUCAAAACUGACAAUUGGCGAAACCUUACUAGUAUUAGGGAUAGGAUACAUCCUUAUUUGGGCCGGGGCUUCGUGUAUGCCGUGUCUGAUUUGUUUACUAUAGAGCUUGUCAAUUAACUAAGCCAGGGACAAGGUCUUUCAUGAAUGGUUGCUCUUGAUAGAGGAAAGAGAAAAUACCUAGUUUUAUUCGUAGUGUCUAAAGGAAAACCUUAACUUACUGGUUUUGUCGAUGCAGAUUUUUUGUUUGUUCCUUUUUAAAGAAAUAAAAGAUGGUGAGGUUGUUGGGGAUGAUUUGGAAGGGUUGUCAACGGAGCUUGGGAAAUCGUGGAAAGCGCUUGCGAAGCGCUUGGAAUUCGGCGAAGGAAAAAUACAAGGAUUUGACUAUGAUAACAAAGACCUCCGUGAAAAAUCUUACAGCAUGUUGUGUGCGUGGCAAAAUAGAGACGGCUCGUCAGCAACUUACGAAGUCUUGUACCAAGCUUUGUGUCAUGAACAUGUUGGAUUUAUGAAGUUAGCAGAAAAGUAUUGCGUUUGUAAAUCCACAGACAAAGAAGAAUGCACAUCAGAGGGGUGAAGACUGAAGGUAAGACAAAGUUAAGAUUAUUAUGUUCACCGAAGUCUAUUUUGUUAUGAAAGCGGGAAAUUGCACAAGGCAGGCUUAGUGCCAUUAUAUCUUCAUUUGAAGUGAAGGAAGCGUAACCGAACCGGACACAGUGUUGGCCUUGAAAUCAGGAGGCCCCAAGUUUAAGUCUCUCUGACAGUUAACUGGAUUUGAAAGCAGCCAACCGGUUUGGAUUUCGCCAGUUGGGAUUCUUAAUCUUAUUCAUCAUCAUCAUCAUCAUUCGGCCUUUUCGGUCGGGAUGCUCUGAAUAAUCUUAUUCCACACAUUCAGGUCCGACAUCGCGUUUGCAAGAUCCUUCCUCUCCGAUGUUUUUGAUACUUAAACUAUUGUUGUCUCAGUAAGCUACCUGGCAGGGCUUAUUUAUUUAUUUAUUUCGGUAUUUUUCCCCAGCCAUUUUGAGGUGGAGCUACUUAGAGCAUGGGACUAAUUUAAUACUGGAAAGGCAACCCUUGGCAAUUUAUUUCAUUUCAUAAACGGUAUUACUGAGAAACUCGUUGAGGUAUUAAAAUCAUUGUGCGGAGCACCCAAUAACUUACACUGAACCUUUGCGCUUGCAUUGUGCAAUCUGCAGAUAAUCAUCGCUUUCAAAUAAUUGAUUAAUAAAGAGCAGAUGUCAGUAAAUAUCGACCAGAGGUCUACAAAAGUGAAAAAUCGAAAAUUCUCAAAAAAAUUCACAUAGAAGCACUAGGUAAGCUGUUAACGUAAAUGUAAUUUUUACUUCGAUCCGCUAAUUAUUUUAGACGUACGGGGGGGCUAUUGGUUUCGCGGCUCACGGACCGGUUUUAGUGGUUUUUACAGCCCCGAGACGGCGUGUCACGAAAAAAUCGUUUUAAAAAUCAAAUCAAUUGUAAUGCAAACAACAAAAAACUUGUUCAAAAAAGUACAUAAUUAUAUACAUUUUAUUGGGCGAUUUACUCAGUUUGAACGAAAAUGUAAUAUUUUGGAGAUUUUUCAUUAUUUUCAAUAUUUUGAACGUUUUCGUUCGAUGAAAAAAUGGCAAAUUUCAAAGCCCAAAAUCGUCGACUGGUACCUCGAUUUCACCAAAGAGUCUUACACCACGUUAAAGAGCGUUAUCUCUUCUUUCAAAAUCUGUUUUCAAAACUAUGGGCAACUUAAAAGAAAAUUUUUGAGGCCAAAAAAUACAAGAAGUACUUUUCUGAAAUUUGAGCUUUCCUCGCUCAGCGGGCCGAUGCUAAAAACUCGGGAAAAUACUAUAAGAAAUCAGUUUGAGCAACAGUGGUUUGAAGUUAUUAGCUUUCAGAAACCAAGACGUGUUUAUCCAGCAAUCUGAUAUAAUUUAAAACCGUUUGCUAACAGGAAAGGCAGAUUUAAGCUGUCAAUUCCUGCCAAGUGCACGUUGUCAAAGGGCAAAUCGCUUAUUAAAAAAAGUCUUAAAAUUCAAUACUUUUUACGUCCAGGAAAUGAGAUUUUAACGUACAAAACAAUGUUGUGAGUGUUUGUUGUUGGUACCUUAGCAUGGUGUUCCCAUAUAUUGGAAAUGUGAAGUAUCCACACGGGAGAACAGAUCAACAUCCAAGCGAAAGAUCUCAAACGCGGCAAAGAUUGCGUUACAUUUCACAGAACGACCGCUUACCACUGUUGUCACUCUAUGCAUGCUUUCACUGGAAGCUGCGAGAAGUUUGCACUCGUUAGGUAUGAUUCUUGAUCAGCGCUUUAAAAGAAAAUUUUUGAGGCCAAAAAAUACAAGUAGUACUUUUCUGAAAUUUGAGCUUUCCUCGUUCACUAGACCGAUGCUAAAAACUCGGAAAAAUACUAUAAGAAAUCUGUUUGAGCAACAGUGGUUUCAUGUUAACAGCUUUUAGAAACCAAGACGUGUUUAUCCAGCGAUCUGAUAUAAUUUAAAACCGUUUGCUCACAAGAAAGGCAGUUUUACGUUGUCAACUGCUGCCAAGUGCAUGAGUCACGUAAGUUUUGUCAAAGGGCAAAGCGCUAUAAUAAACCAGAUAAACUUUAAAAAUCGCAACGUUUUUGCGUCCAGGAAUUGAAUUUUACCGAACAGAAAAAUGCCUAUGAGUUUAUGUUUCAUACCUUAGCAUGGGUUUCCCAGAUAUUGGAAUUGAAAAACAUCAAGGACAGCAUCGGCAAGAGCAUCUUUGGCUGUUAUCAAACGGCGACGGAGAUUGCGUUACUUUUCACAGAGUGACCGCUUAGGCGCUUACCACCUAUUUUUGGCCUCGUAUUUCGACGUAACACUUACGACUGGCAUUGCACGCGUUACUGAUACUUUAUGAUCAAGUUCUGAAAUCUUCUUUACGAGACAAUUAACUGAAAUUUAAGGUAAAAAUGAUUUCAGAAAAUAAAAAAUAUAUAUUUUCCAAAGAUCAGCUGUACGCAAGGGCGUAUGUGCGUAUAAGGACACUACGCCCCUGAUAACUUAAGACCCGCUCUUAUAAAUGGGACAGUUAACGUCCUAUUGAAGAAGCGUUGUCAAUCUGUUUUGUCUGUGUUUGUUUUUUUGUUUGUUUGUUUGUUUUUACACCGUUUCAUAAAAAGUUUUAAAGGUUUAUUUCUGGCGACGUUUCUCGAAAUUUGUUAUCAGCACUGGCGAUACUGGGGAGUCGGUAGUGUGUCUUUCCUUACUGAAGAGGCCGAAAACUGAGAGUUUCUCUAAAUAAAAAGUACGCCUUCCCUGGAUACCUUAAGUCACCGAGGAGCUUUUAUUUUCGUUAUUUUCGCCAGCAGUUUUCAAUUAUUACACAAACAUUAUAUUGCCUACCAGAUUGCUCGUUGUCAGAAGCCCAAAACCAGCUCCCGUGGUUGUGAAUUUCUUCAAGACCGAAAAUUUCAGUAAGAACCGAAAACAACAGCUAAAAGGAGGCACACGGUUUGAACUAAACAAGGAAAGAGGCUCCUGAUUUUCUAAAAUGUCAUCGAUGUACGGUUCAAUCAGACUUGUUCCUACCCCUUGGGCAACCACUGGGACAAGUCCAACCCUCCGGGCCAGGGGGCCGUUUCUCGAAAGUCCCGAUAAUUAACGGGCCCGGUAAGCUGUCUCCAUUUACAUUAAAGAUCGAGGUUUCAAUAGUUUUGCAUCUAACAUGAUAAAACUGUCAGUUAAUGAAACAAAAUGGAGUAGUUUGCUGGCCAGGACCCGCGCUCUUAUUCUUUAUAUUUCGAUUCGAAUAUUUGAUUUCGGGCCCGUAGAGUUACCGGGACUUUCGAGAAACGGGCCCCAGGGGCUGGGCGGUUGUUUGAAGCGUUCAUAUCCCGGACUUUUGGGGGUAGUUGGCGGGGCAAAUCGAAAAUAACUGCUCUUUUUUUUGUGAAGUACAUCAUUUCUUAGCCUGAAUUUCAUCCGAUUACUUCGAGUCGUUAUUACUCCCUCAGUAACGUCUGAAUCGACCGGCCGUUAAUGCCGUCCAGCGACGUCACUACUCCUUGACCUUUGCUUUAAUUCAUGCAAAAAGAAAAACACGAUUUUAUUUGGCAAACCAAGAUGUAUCGUUUGGAAAUGUCUGCAUGAUACAGAAUUGCUUUAUUUUUUUCGAUCGUAAUUCAUGUUUAACUAUCAACUGCAUGCAGUAUAACUCUGAACCGGUUGUACUGAAUUCUAUAAUCAAACUCGGUCGCAAUCACGCAAUGAAAUAAACACACACACGGAACACUUAGUUCAAAAACAAUGAUUUGCUUUAAUUGAAAAGAAGUUAUUUGGUCCUUAACGAAGGAAAAAAACAAGGAAACAAGAAAGAAAAGCUAACAGAAUCAUUACACUUGACGGCUUUUGGGAGUUUAAAUUGAAUAAUUAAGAGCGACUGUCUGUAAAUAUCGACCAAAAUCGUCUUUUUGUGGCACAAGCUGAAAAUUCGAAUUUCGCUCAUUUUUGGCUCAUCGAUAACCCUUAAUGAGUAAUAAAACAUGCUUUAGUUAGUUUUCCCAAAUAACGUAUUCUUUUGUUAAAAUUCGAGGAAACUCAUUUUGCCCGUUCGGAGCUCAAAAUCCACUUCCGGUAAAGCGAAAUUUUACACAAAUUUCAUUGACUCGUACAUCAAACUACAAAGAUUUGGCGGCCUUUGAAGAACACGAAUAGUUUUUAUGACCCUUUCUUUCUCAUAAGACGAUAAAUUUGUGAAAGCUGUAAUAAGUUUGUGGCCAAAAAGGUAUUGUUAAAAAUUGGCCCUAUUGACAAUUUCACCGGUUCAAAAUUAUAGGGUUAAAAUAAUGUAAAUUUUUACAAUGCGCUAUAACUUAGAAUUUCGCAAAUUGACUUUCUAUGGUUUAACUAGGCCCAAAUAUAUCAGAAAAUCGAAACAAAUCUUUGGGCAAACGAUUUUAAGUAGCCCGCAAGACGCCCAGUUCAACCCUAAUCUUGCGAAAAUCGCGACAUUCCAGUGGUUAAAAAUAGCGUGACACGGCCCGUCACGCCAGCGGUGUUAACGACAGAUUCACUUUCAACAUUCUAUUCAACACUGAUAACAUAACAUAACAUAAUCUUUAUUUAACGUGGGAGAAACACUUAGCUAAAGCUAUUUUGCAGGUUUUCCACAAAUCAAUAUUAAGAAAGAAAGAAAGAAAAUAUGUACAUAGAAGUGUAAAAAUAUAAAAUAUCUAGCAUCUAAAAUUACAAAAUUAGAUAACUAAAAUUGAAUGUUCCUCACUUGUUUGUUAAAUUCUAGUCCUCCAGCUCUUAAUCGUAAUUCGUUUGGAAUACUGUUCCAUUGUUUUGCGGCGAAAUAUCUGAAGGAGUUUAAUCCAUACUUUGUAGUCUUUACUUUUGGCAGUGAUAGCGUAUUAUUGCCCCUUAAAUCGUACUUGUUGUCUCUCAUUUUAACGAGUUCCUUAAUGCAAGUGGGGGCGGUGCCUUGAAAACAGGCGUUUAUAGUUAUUAACAUGUCCUGGACACGACGGUUUUCCAGCGUGGUUCCUAAACCUAUUCGCUGUAGCAGUUCAUAAUAAGCUGAUGUUUUAUCUUUGUAAACAUAUCUUAGUGCACGCUCAUUUAUCUUUUUCUAUUUUCUUUGUGUUUCUCGAACCACAAUGAUGCCAUACCUGACUGCAAUAAUAAAAAUGAGGCAGAACAAACGCUCGAUACAGUAAUUCCUCGACCUUGCACGGAAGAAUGUUUUGUAACCUAUUCAGCGCAUUCAUCACAUGCCGAAUUCCAGCAUACAAUCUAUAUUACAUCUUUCAAUAACCUUAUCUUAUUUAGAAGAGUCAUUUUGUUUGGAUACAAUAUAUAGUGUAGAAUUGCCCAAAAGUCGGCUUUUUUGAGCAACGUCAGCAAGAUGUCGACGACCGAGCCCAACGAAAACAAACUUUGAACAAGUACAGUGGUGUGUUUCAUAAUUUAAGCAUCCGUCAAAAGGCAUAAAUACGUUAAAUUUAAGACAGGGAUAACCAAUAUUAACUAAUUCGAACAAUGUUUUUUUCUUGCGAGUUUUCUCUUUAAAGUAAUUAUGUAUAAGUAUAAAUGUACGUUUGGAUGUUUACUAUCACGCUUAUAAAGGUACAUUGUAACGAACGUUUCAGAAAACGUUUUAACUCCUUUCGAUCGACGAUGAAACGCCAUCAUCAAAAACAAAUCACCAAAAACUUUCCUCUACAGCAAAACGGAAAAUAGAGAACAAAGUGGCGUUUUACUAAUGCUAAAGCAGGAAUAGUUGCAGCGUGAUCAUGAGCUUUUAAAAAUGGCAAAUGCUCCUAAAUGGACAUCUAUAGAUCCCUUGCAUCGCCAUUGGAAAAAAAACUCUCUGGCCCACUAUGAACUAGCCUAUUCCAGGCGUAGUGGACAGUGGAUAGUGGAUAGAGGACGGUGGCGCGAAAUGGGGAACGGAGGAAAACAAACGUGGAAAAGAGUAAGAGGGAGAGAGUAGGAGGACCUUUCGCCCUCAAUCCCUAACCCCGCCCCUUCGCCAUUUUUUCUAGCCCACCUUUCUUUGCGUUUUCUCAACUAUCUGAAGGCCUGUUACAGGUUACCUAGGUCCUUCAUUUACAAAUUUUUAUGGUAUAUAACGUAUUUAUUCGAUUAACCGCCCUGGGCGCUUAUUAAAUUUUUGGACCUUGAGAGUGGGCGCUUAUUCGAGGUGGGUGCUUAUUCGAGGGCUGGGCGCUUAUUAAAUUUCGUCAUUCUCAGCAAGUGUAGUAUGUUUAUUUUGCAACAAAACUAUAAAUGGUACUAACAAAAAGCGGACAUGUAACAAAAAAUAAAAUGUAAAAUGCUCUGAAGAAAACUCCGUCUUCGGGAGGGUCUAUUAUUAUGUCUUAUUUAAGUUUGUGUAGGAGGGAGUGGGCGCUUAUUAACUGUUCUGCCUUUAGGAGGGGCGCUUAUUCGAGGUGGGCGCUAAUUUGAGCUUGGGCGCUUAUUCGAAUAAAUAGAGUAUUCAACUUGAGCGUCGAGCACUUUUGGCGCUUUGUUAUUGAUCAGCAGGAACGGAUUUGGUAGUACUAACUUUUCAACUGCUUUUAGACUGCGAAUUUUUUUUUCUUUCUUUCUUGCUGACUUUCUUUUAUUUUUUCUUUGUCAGUUUCUACCGUAAUUUUUAGACGUAUUUUUCGAUCCUCUCCCCAGUCUCACUCACUCUCCCCCCCCCACCCCCCCCCUCCCCUUUUUCCGAAAAAACAACAACAACAACAAUAAAAAUAGGGAAACAAAAUAGAGUAAUACUAAAGCUAAGAAGAAUCUUGCAACAAACGAAUGGGAACACCUAAAAAGGAAACUUUCCUCAUCCUCCGUAGCCUUAGUUCAAGAAACGUAGACGCUCAAGCGGGCCUCAAAAACCUUACCUUUGUCUUUGUCACAAACCGAAUAAGACUGAAAGCCUUAGUCUGCUUUACGAAAGUACCUUGUAGAUCUCCAGAAGAAGAAUUGUUUGCAGCCGGCCCUCAAUUAACCCCAAGAGACUUCGCCUGCUGCUGGUCAAUAUAUAGGAAUCGAAGGCUAUUCCAAAGAACUGCUCCAGAAAAACUAUUUUUCUUAACAUUUUUCUGGGGUAGAGGAAUAGCGAGUUUUCUGUGUCUCUUAAUACGUAAUUAGAGAUAUUGCAACGUUCUGCCCUUGCUACGAUCUACUAUGCACUUAACAAGGCCCCUCAAGGUACUUAAGCUUACUUAAGAUAUAUUGCGCAUAUUCUGGGAUACACUCGCCUCUCACCGCUCUUUGACGAAAUGUUCCUAGCGGCAGAUAGCGAUGAGAGGAAGCUGUAUUGCAGGCUUUUGGACAAAAGGAUUUUCUACUAUUUACGUGGGUAAACCGGUCGCUCCACGGUUUGGGCAAAUGGUGAGGAGAAUUCAGGACUGAUUAAUUUUGAUUCCGUUCGGUAAUCGCGUUUACCGUUUGCCUAAGUCAGUUUCGUUUAAUGAAAAACGGCCGCGAAAGCCUGAAACUGAUAUUCAAAAAAGGUUUGAAGACAUGAAAUCCGAACUUCCGCCAGAAAGUUUCCAACCAGGAAGACCAGGAAAAUAGGCGAACGCCUUUUUAGACGUUCCGUUUGUUUCAGGAAUUUUCCACUGAAACGUCAAAAGCAACCCGAAACUGAGUUAAUGGUAAGCCUGGCAAAGCACCAAAGUGUCCUCUUAGUUUGUUUUAAUGGGUCAUGUAUAUAGUCAUGCACUAGCUUCAUGAUUCAUACACGUUGUCAUACAAGUAUAUAGGCUCCUCUUUGGCAUCCACCUAGCUUUUUUUUCAGUUUUGAGAGCCCGCACCAAUACUUAGUCUAAAAUAUUUUUAUUCUUUAAAAUUGCUUCAAGGAAAUUAGUUUUUAUAAACCAAAUGGCAUUGAUUGGCCAUGAUUUAAUUCGUAAAUAUCUCUCAAUGCAAAAAUUCAUUCAGUAAUCAGUUUUAGUUUUUAGAUUUUGUUCUGUUUAUAUAUCAUUUUUUGGGGGAAAUCGCCAGUCUGAAACUGAACACGAAAGUGUGUGACGCUAUCCCAGGGACCCUAGAUGUUGUAUCUGAAGAAAAUGCUGCAAUCAAUGAGAAUCAUAGGUUAACUGAACGAUUUAAUUUCGAAUUGGCUUUUAAUCUGCCUUUAACUAAAUUGUUUAAAGCAUAUCUAUAGGCAACACUGGCGUGACGGGCCGUGUCACGCUAUUUUUAACCACUGCAAUGUCGCGUUUUUUUUGCAAAAUUAGGGUUGAACUCAACGUCUUGCGGGCUACUUGAAAUCGUUUGCCCAGAGAUUUGUUUCGAUUUUCUGAUAGAUUGGGGCCUAGAUAAGCAGUAGAAAGUCAAUUUUCGGAAUUUCAAGUUAUAGCGCAUUGUAAAAAUAAUUUUGAACGGUAGAAAUGGUCAAUAGGGCCUAUUUUUAACAAACCUUUUUGGCCACAAAAUGAUUACAGCUUUCACAAAUUUAUCGACUUAUAAGAAAGAAAGGGUCAUAAAAACUAUUCGUGUUUUUCAAAGGCUGCCAAAUCGUUGUGGUUUUACGCACGAGUCAAUGGAAUUUGUGUAAAAUUUCGCUUUACCGGAAGUGGAUUUUGAGCUCUGAACGGGCAAAAUGCGUUUUCUCGAAUUUUAACAAAAGAACACGUUAUUUGGGAAAACUAACUACAGCAUGUUUCAUUACUCAUUAAGGGUUAUCGAUGAGCCAAAUAUGAGCGAAAUCAAAUUUUGAACUUGUGCCGACCGUGGGUCGAUAUUUACGGAAAGCCGCUCUUAACAUUGAAUUUGGAAGUUGAGUGCUAUAACUUAAUGUUAGCUGCUCAAGUUGAAUGUGGAGGGGAUUGAACACCAAAGAAAAUAGCAAGAAGGUCCAAUUAUAACAUUGAUCUCAGAAAACUUCGCGUAAACAAAAUCACCGGCCGUCGAAACCACAAAGCGGCUCUAACUGAAAAACCUACCGACUCUCCGCAAUGAUUCUUCACUCGCAGUUCAAUUUAGCAUUUCAGUUUCGAAGACAAGGGCAAUUUUAAGAUAAAGAUUAAGCUUAUCGAAAUGUUUGAACUACAGGAAAGAAUGCCAGGGAUGCGAUCCGCUGAUUGCGCUAAAAUUGUUCAUAAUUAUACAUAAUUAUGCAAAUGUUUAGACAAUCAACCAAUCAAAACAACUACCCGGUUUUCGGGUAGUGAGUGACAUCACUGGACGGCAUUAACGGCCGGUCGAUUCAGACGUUACUGAGGGAGUUAUUACGACUCGAAGUAAUCGGAUUAGCCUGAGUAUCAGGCCUUCCUAAGGGGCUAGGUGAGAGGAGAUUUUAGAUGGGGGAGGGGGGAGGGGGAGAAGAAGCUCUCCCCCUUUUUCGCUUCCAUCUUUCCCCUUUUCCCCAGAAACGCCUGAUACUCAGGCUAUAAUCGGAUGAAAUUCAGGCUAAUCAUUUCUCAAGAUGGCGGCGGACUCCGUAGCUGUGGAAAGGUCCUUGUGAAACAUGUCCCGGCAACAUACAGGGCAUCACGUAAUUGACGUCAACACCUUGACUCAACUCCAUGAACAGGGAGAGGCGAUAAGUUCCAUUAUACCGUAAGUGAUGCUUGAUGUCUAGACGUGAAUAGUCUGUCCACAGACGUUUAUCCUUUUGCUUCUGACAACGCGCGAGUGAACCGGAGCGCAGUAACGAGCCCUGACCCCACACCAUUGCCCAAACGUUCACUAAAUCCCCAGCGCUUUUUAUUUUUGUACAAGAACAGAACAGGUACGUUUUUAUAUUUCAUUUAAUUUCAAUGCGCAGUUUACAAGUAAGAGCGUGGGUCCCUUAUGGUGGAGCUUGAAAACAACGAGACAUAUAGCUGUGUAGCAGGCGCUUCGAAGUAGGGCGCGAUAAAGAACGUGCGCGCGAGGAGAUACGCGUGUCUCUCUCGCGCGCCCCGUUCUUUCUUGAAAUUAAAAGAAUUAAUUAAGGUCAAAGGAUCAACUUUGUCGUUUCUUUUUCCUUUUUUUUUUUAAUGCUAAAAAAUUGGGUCGGUCGGACGAAGCUAAACGAAGAAAAAAGCGGGGAUGCCCUUUUAAUAUAGUUAUUUGGCUCCCUCAGCAGGGGUACGCAACCUCCGGUUGAUUGACAUGUAACGCCCGGUAGUUCACCCACGAAAUAAUUAUUUUUUUAAGUGUGAAAAUCGUUUUUUUCCAUUUAUUAACCAAAGAAAGACUUGACCCUUAUUUUACUCAGUUAGUUAUGUAAUGCAUACAAUCGAAAAAAAAAUAGAUAAUUAUAGGUAGCAGUGGCAGUGGCUGCUCUGGGACUUGAAGUCGAUUGUGAUGAUGCGGACUCCGACAGUGAUAGUGACUCAGAAUUUGGAUCUGAUGAAGACGAUCUCUAGAGAGCAGCUCUCUGACUCUAGAGAUAUGGGAUUCGUACACCCUUUCCGAUUGGAGUCCGUUUUGGCAUCAACUAAAAAACGAAGUGCAAACUGAUAAUUGCCAAAUCAGUCAAAUAUUUCUUUUUUUGUGAACAUUUUUUAACGCCUUAAAAGACCUUUCCGGUUACCCAAUUCCGGUCCAGGGAACGCGGGGAAUUGCAUUUUAGAGAGUCCAAUUUUAGAAAUUUCCCGGGAGGGGGGGCAUGCCCCCAGACCCCCUAGGAGUUCGUCCCUCCGGCACUCGAGAACACGGUGCGCGUCCGCAAACUGAACCACUGCAUCCGGUACUUCCAAUUGCUAUCGUAAACCCUGCCUGAGAGUGUAAAAGUAUAAGUUUACAAUGCCAGGAUCCAACCUCGUUCCCAAGGCGCUUUUCCCUGGCUUUGGAGGUGGGGCGCCCCACCUCCAAAGCCAUGGAAAAGCACCCUGGCGACGAGGUAGGCAAGGAUCAAGCGUAUACUGAGUAAUUUGAUGAAAAAUAAACCAAAGGCUGAGACUCUAUAAGGCGCUGCCUGACAAGGAAAUGGUGAACAAGAAGUGCUACCCCUCAUUUAAUAGAGACGUGAAAUACUAGGUGGACCAUAUCCUGAACUCCAGCGAAAACCGCAAGAGAAGAGCGCUCAAGGCUAAGGUGGACUAAAGCCCGAAAAAACAAAAGAAGUCUUGAGAAACGUCCUUAUCCUAUUCUUUCCGGGUUCGUAAUUUCAAGGAAGCGCUGAUCAAGAAUCAUACCUAAGGAGUGCAAACUUCUCGCAGCUUCCAGUGAAAGCAUGCAUAGAGUGACAACAGUGGUAAGCGGUCGUUCUGUGAAAUGUAACGCAAUCUUUGCCGCGUUUGAGAUCUCUCGCUUGGAUGUUGAUCUGUUCUCCCGUGUGGAUACUUCACAUUUCCAAUAUAUGGGAACACCAUGCUAAGGUACCAACAACAAACACUCACAACAUUGUUUUGUACGUUAAAAUCUCAUUUCCUGGACGUAAAAAGUAUUGAAUUUUAAGACUUUUUUCAAUAAGUGAUUUGCCCUUUGACAACGUGCACUUGGCAGGAAUUGACAGCUUAAAUCUGCCUUUCCUGUUAGCAAACGGUUUUAAAUUAUAUCAGAUUGCUGGAUAAACACGUCUUGGUUUCUGAAAGCUAAUAACUUCAAACCACUGUUGCUCAAACUGAUUUCUUAUAGUAUAUUUCCGAGUUUUUAGCAUCGGCCCGCUGAGCGAGGAAAGCUCAACUUUCAGAAAAGUACUACUUGUAUUUUUUGGCCUCAAAAAUUUUCUUUGAAGUUGCCCAUAGUUUUGAAAACAGAUCUUGAAAGAAGAGAUAACGCUCUAACGUGGUAUAAGACUCUUUGGUGAAAUCGAGGUACCAGCCGACGAUUUUGGGCUUUGAAAUUUGCCAUUUUUUCAUCGAACGAAAACGUUCAAAAUAUUGAAAAUAAUGAAAAAUCUCCAAAAUAUUACAUUUUCGUUCAAACUGAGUAAAUCGCCCCAUAAAAUGUAUAUAAUUAUGUACUUUUUUGAAUAAGUUUUUUGUUGUUUGCAUUACAAUUGAUUUGAUUUUUAAAACGAUUUUUUCGUGACACGCCGUCUCAGGCCUGUAAAAACCGGUCCGAGAGCCGCGAAACCAAUAGCCCCCCCUUUACGUCUAAAAUAAUUAGCGGAUCGAAGUAAAAAUUACAUUUACGUUAACAGCUUACCUAGUGCUACUAUGUGAAUUUUUUUGAGAAUUUUCGAUUUUUCACUUUUGUAGACCUCUGGUUGAUAUUUACUGACAUCCGCUCUUAACACAUUUACAGUGUUUUAGUGGAGCAAAUCAAAUGGUGGUAAUUGGGAAGGUGCUUGUUUGAUAAGAGGGACGUAAUAGGCAAGACAAGACAAUGUUUAAAUUAUUUGGAGUCUUAAUCUAAACUAGGACAUCAACUUCAUCAAAAAAAUUUCAAAUUAAGAAUUGGUUAGCUCGACUGGUUGAUUGUUCAAAAGCGCUUGGUGGGAGAGCCAUAUGAUUUCUUUAAAACAUACCGCUAACCUCCAUUUGCGAGUUAAAGUCGAUGCUUUUACAACAGCUGUUUAUCCUGCAAUCCCUAGAGCUGAUAAACCGUAUUUAUGUUAUAGGCUAAAAAGAACCUCUCCGAAAAAAAAAACAGAGAGCACAGCCAGUGACUAAGCUGAGUGGUGAGAUGAGCUGAACGUCAUUGACGUUAUUAACCAGAGGCUCAUAAGUUUAAGAUUUAAACCUGUAAGAACUAAAAACAAGUGCUUUCGAGAUCAUGAAGUGUGCCAAUGAAACACAACGUACCCUUCUGAACCAAAUGACGUAAUACAAAAGUGAACAAGACCCACACCCCAACGCCAAAAACGAACGAACAAUGGUUUCAGCAACACCAGGAAACACUCAAAAAAAUAUUAUUAAAGGUGAACAUUACAUUCAGUUCUUUAAAAUUUAUUGUUUCUCAUACAGCAGACUACGAUCCUUCAUGAACAGAAAAUAAGCACAGAGGAGAAGAAAACAUAUCCUGAAUUUCAUCCGAUUUCUUCGAGUCAUUUCCGGCCGUUAAAGCCGUACAGUGACGUCAUCACUACCCAAAAACCGGGUAGUGAUUUUGAUUGGUUGAUUGUCUAAACAUUCGCCUCCUGGAUAAUUAUGAGAAAUUUUAGCGGGAUUGUCGCUUGAUAUUCAGCGCGGAUGCUUGCGUGGAGUCCAAGCAUUUCGAUAAUCUUUAUGGUAAACACCAAAAUUGCCCUCGUCUUCGAAACUGAAAUGCUAAAUUGAACUGCGAGUGAAGAAUCAUUGCGGAGGCGGAGAGUCGGUAGGUUUUUCAUAAAGAGCCCCUUUGUGGUUUCGGCAGUGAUUUUGUUUAUGCGAAGUUUCUGAGACCAACGUUGUAAUUCCACCUUCAAGCUAUUUUCACCGUCAAGUGUAAUGAUUCUGUUAGCUUUUCUUUCUUGUUUCCUUGCUUUAUUUUUUCUUCGUUAAGGACCAAAUAGCUUCUUUUCAAUUAAAGCAAAUCCUUGUGUUUUUGAACCAAGGGUUCGGUGUUUAUAUUUAUUUCAUUGCGUGAUUGCGACCGAAUUUGAUUAUGGAGUUACAACCGGUUCAGAGUACUGCAUGCAGUUGAUAGUUUGAACUUAACACAUGAAUUACGGUGAAAAAAAAGUAACGCCAUUCUAUAUCACGCAGACAUUUCCAAACGACAUUUCUUGGUUUGCCACUUGCAUGAAUUUAAGCAAAGGAGUAGUGGCGUCACUGGACGGCAUUAACGACCGUUCGAUUCAGACGUUACUGAGGGAGUAUUAACGGCUCGAAGUAAUCAGAUGAAAUUCAGGCUACAGAAAACACAGCAUGCAGAUGACUGAAGGUACACUGAAUGUGUUUAGGUUCAGUUCCACAUAUCUGAGUUUGCAUUUAGUUUGGAGAAUGAGGAAAUGCGGGUUAAUUCAGGGAUGGAAAUUAAGCAUCUUUCAUGAACGCCGAUUGCGAGUCAUCAGAGAGUAGGCAAUAAGUGAAACCUGAAUUUGUGUAAAAUCUCAAAAAUAUAUGAUUUAAAUUUGCUCUUUUUUAAGGGAAUUAUCAAAGAUGGCGUGGACCAAGACGGUGAUAUGUAAGGAACCUUGCGAAUUUUUGGGAAGAUGUUGCUCAGCUCCCAUUGGUCGGCUUAUACGAUAACGAACGAUUCGUAGCCGAAAAAAAAGAGUUAAGCAUGCUUCAAAAAUUGAAAUUCGACUAUUGCAGAGACUGCUUGCGUUCCUACUUCAUUUAGUCAAGUGGGCAAGCCUGUACGACCGCUCAGGCACGCGAGAGUGCAGAAAGCGAACGAGCAAAGCAUGACUGCUUUCGUCUCAACAAUCCCCAGGGACAGCUGGCAGCCUAUGUAUUAUGAUAGCACUGGCUCAGGGACUGGCUUAACUGACCAUGUUAACAGGUUUAGCGUGACUCCCUGUGUCAUUAUUAAUCCCAGCCCUUCGCGUAUAAACAUACGAAUAGAUCAAGAUUCACGCGAUAAAAAGGUGCAUGUCACUAGUGAUAAGAUUCAUUCCUAUCAAGUGGUCUUGUUUACCCCAGCUUUUGCGUGGUUAGGAUCGCAUUGCUAACUUUACCUAAAUUGGCUUAAUAGUUUGUAGUUCUUGUCGGACACUAACAAACUCACCACAAGUAGUAACUAUUAGUGACUAUACUAGAUACUAUAUUACUUGUAGAGCAACUAUACUGAGAAAGCGAUUACUUAUUAACUCCUAUUAGGUCGCUUUAUCUAAUCAAUACCCUGCGAGCAGUGGUUUCUUCCUAGAAAAACCACUGUUCGCAGCGGGUAUGGAUCGUGGGAAGGAAAAAAUUUCAUUACACGGAUUUCUUAUUAUUUAUCAUUUAUCAGUCUGAUGAUCGCUUAGUGCGUGAAACUCCGAGUUACAACUCCAUUUACGUCCAUCCUUUUCUUUUGUAUAUAUUUAUAUAUUUAUUAUCCUUGCAUUCACUGACUUGGUAAAUAUACUAACUAAUGUUACUGUUGAUUACUAAAAUAACUAUAGCAUAGUUGCUAUAUAUAAAUACUUCACUGUUUAUAUGGAAGACAAACGUUAUAGAUCACACUCUAUACUAGAGAAAACUAUAUCUCAAUGUAUAAACCUAUUUAACAGAGGACGCACAUAAGACUAAGGUACCAUACUAAUCUAUAUAAAGAUUUAUUUCACUCUAUGUUAGAGGAUCCAUUAGUUACUCAACUAUUGACCUGCGUGGCAGGUUUCGAAAGGGGUGGGAAUUGAGGGAAAAGGGAUCUCCCCUUUUUUGCGCUAGUACCAAGCAGACUAUACUAAAUUUCAUUGUUUCCUUUUCUUGCGUGUCAGCAAGUUACAUUUUAUUUAUCAAAUU